AUGUUCCCCUUUCUUUUCGCGCUCUCCAUCUCCACUCUUGCCCUCGCGGCCAACAACCAGGCCGUAAUCGGCUACUAUGUGGACGGCGAUAAGACGGAUUCGAAGGCGGGGAGCGAUUCAGGCUCUUCCUCGAGCGGCGACAGCGGAGGCCAAGGAAGAAAAAAGUCUAGCAAAGCCGGGGUCAUCGCAGGUUCAGUUGUGGGAUCCGUUGUCGGCCUUGGUCUUCUCGUCGGCGCCUUCUUCCUCUAUCGACGUCUCUCGAAGCGACCCGAUCCCGAAGCAGCCCAAAAUGUAGAGAGUGACCCAGUCUCUGGUGGACCGGCAGAACUGGGAGGGGUUGGGAAGACAGCCGAGGAACUUUCGAAACCCGAACUAGAUAGUCAGGAGAAACCACCUACUGAGCUGUUGAAGUCUGAGCUAGAUGGCCAGGGGGCAAACGGUCAGGGGAAGCUCCCCGCCGAGGUCUCUACUGCAAACUUGGCGAUGGCCGAGUUGGGGCCCUCUGGGCCGAGUCCGGUAGCUCAGGUGCAAGAACUCUCGGCAGUCGCGUCCACACAACCGCAGGCUGCCGAGCUUCCUAACUACCAACAAGCCUAUCCGCAGAAUGGUCCUGGAGUGGCGGAGAUGUCUGGAAUUGGUAUACCCCAUGAAAUGCCUGCCGGUCCGUAUUCAGGUGUAGGCCCCGGUCCGAAUCCCGAGCCCCAACCAGUACUGCCCGAUACAAACGUGAACCAGGCAGCAGCACCGAGCUCCCAAAUCCAGGCACCCGAGGAUGCGGGACAAUGGCAGGCUUAUGGGUGGAGCGGCCCCGGGCACUACGGAAGUUGA